CUGCUGCGCAAAAGCUGCAGAACUGGCUGCCAUGAUGUUAAGCUCCUGACAUUGACCGGGUGAGAUUCCCAAUGGCACUCAUGCACCGCCGUGGUUCCUUCUUGUUGCUGGGUGACUACGACGGUUUAAACUGCCGGUACAUGGUCCCAGGCAACUUCAAUACUUUUCAGGGCUCACCCCUAAAAUUUUGAAGGCUCAGGGCUAUUGGACCGGACCACAAUGGCUGGCGGCGCCAUCAAAAAGGAAAAGAACUGUGCCACUGGCAUUUCGGCAAUGCUCGGCCUGCAGUGCAGUUUCGGAGUUUGAGCGCCCACUUCGUUCGCUGCAAGCCCGCACCGUACCGCACGAGUGCAAGGCUCAGGUGUACUGGUGAUUUAACCUCUCUGUUUCUGUCCAGAGACCGGCGUCCAUGAAUAAGCUGCGGCGGCAGUUCACGCGAGAGUGCAGAUGACCUUUGUAGCCAUCUCGGAAAGGAGUUCCGUGCAAAUUCUAAAUAUGCCUGCGUUGUAGGAAACCGAUGUGGCAAGCCAUUGUGCUUCGUAGUGCAAAUUGUAAAUAUGCCUUUGUUUGAGACCGCCGUGACAAGCGAUUGUGCUUUGCUGCUGUACAAGACAUGGUAGAGGGUGCCACCUUUGUUCAGAGAUUCAUGCCCGGCGAACAUCUUGACUGCACAGGUCUCGUCUUGAAAUGAGACUUGAACCACCAGUACAUGGCCCUUCCAAGUGCCUCUCUGAAAAUUUCGGAGGCUCGCACGCCAUUGAUAAAAUACAUCGACGAUGGCCGGCCUCCGAAAGGGGCCCGUGGCCGAUGGCUGGCAUGUACCGGCCCUUUAAGAUGCGACUCCAGAGGGGAAGACUCAAGGAUGAGUGCAAGAUGAGAGUCAGCAACAUGUACCCAAGAACCGACCUCCAGAUGGUGGACUCAAGGCCAGGUGACUGAAGGUGGGCCAUAGGGGGUAGGGAGUCGAGGACGGACUCAAGAACAGGUUAAGGACGGAGGUAGGGUGCUCGGGAUAGACUCAGCAUGGACGUCAAGGGCGUUUGCAAUUCAAGACGGAACUCGGAACUCAAGACGGAACUCAAGUGUGGAGUGGGGAUCAAGAUUACGGGCAACAGAGGUAAUAUAUGGGACACUGAGGAUCGACUCGAGAUGGGAUCCAAGAUGGGACUUGAGGACGGACACAAGAUGAGAUUUAGGAUGAUGCAAGUAAGUUGGGACUCCCAAGGAUAGAGGACAGAUGCAGCUAUUAUUUAUGAACAAAAGGCUAUGGUUACAUGUCAGAAUCAAGAUGGAAUGCACGGCCAAGGUCGAGGUUACGUAACAGAGAGUCAAGUAGGUCGUUGUGUCCACAAGGCUGCACUUAGGCAGCAGGGAUUUGAGGAGGAUGCUUCCAUAAUUGGAUGUGAGUCUGCAGUGGAGGACUGAUUGAAAAUUGGAUGUAAGCAUUGAGGACAGGUUCACGAUUGUUCGGUAGAAGAUGACACUGCUGAAUAGAACAUUGGACCUUGCAAAUAAUAGGCAGUUGAUGGUGGAACUUGUGCAAAAUGGGACUCGACGGGACUAGAAUUAGGGUUUGGUGUCGGCAGGUGUUGGCAAGGUUGGAGAAACUGCCGACUUUAUGUGUUUUGUUGUUAAUAUAUUUGUUUGCUGUGAAAGAGUUCUUUAUUUAGAGAAGAACGCUCCACCUGCUAGGGAGUGGUGGGCAUACUGUGAUAUGAUGCCUGCUGCUACCGAUGGCUGGGUGGGUGUUGGGCAUUUCACGGCUCGGAAGAAGAUCAUCAGCCGACGAGUUGCGCGUUGUAGCGAACGGCGUUGAGAGACAAUUAGCGCGCGGUAGGUGCAUAGCAAACAGCGACUAAUAGUCUGCCCCUUGAGGGUGUAACAGGGUACCUUCUUUUGCCGGAUUUUCUUCUACAAGACGGCAAUGGCGUGCGUGCGUGUGGCCAAGGGUACGCGAACACAAAUCCAGAAAAAAUGCUGUUGUUCGUAGCAGGGUGUUCUCUCUUCCACCGAAAUGGGUAACGGAAGUCGACACUGUGUACAGCGCAACCCAACCAGGCCGAACAGCAAGUUUUCCGAGUCAACCCGAAGAUGUACAGCAAUCCAAACAUUAUCCAACAGCAAGUUUUCCAAGAUCGAGAGCCUACUGACCGUGAAGAAGGCGACGAGGGAGCAGCAAGAGUAAGGUGGAGAAAAGGAACCUUUUUUUUAUAGGAGAGAAAGAACCUUACAGGAGAGGAUGGUGAGUUGUUAGGAGGGCACACCAACUUGAGAAUUUUUUUUAUUUUUUAUUUUUUUCCGCUUAGACUUGAAGGUGGAUAGUAUUCAUUUCCUGCUGAGGCUUGUUCGGUCGUGGGCCCAUCUUCUUUUGGGCCCAUCUUUGUUAUAUCAGCAUGCAUCUUUAUAGCAUACAUAAUUUACUUUUGUUC